UUUGACCAUGAGCAACCUAGUCUCGAAGACUUCAUCACUCAUGUCAUGCGAGAAUCGAGAACAGACUUCUGGGUCCUGAUGUCCACGCUCGUAUACAUGUCCCGUCUCAUCGAGUCUCACGUGCCAACAGAAUGCCCCAUGCCCAUGACACAGCAUCAGCUUUUCUUGGCUGCUCUUAUAGUAGCCGCAAAGACGCUCGAUGACGGCGCUUGCCAGAACGGAAGGUGGUGCAGGGUCUCCUUGAUGUCGGUUGGCAAUUCAUGGUUUUGGUUGCCGCAGGAGGAGGUGAAUUCGGCAGAAAGACAACUCAUUCGCCUUCUAGAGUGGCAUUUGUUGAUCCGGGAGGACCAUAUUUCGUUCGAACUGAGGAACUUUCAAGAGAAAUACAGAGAAAGCCCUCGUCACACGAGAGGCCUGUCGCCAUGA